AUGCCCGGCGGCGGCUCCUGCGAGAGGAAAACGGGGGAGUUUCUUCAGAACAGCAAGUUCCUCAGCUUGGACUUUGUGGACUUUCCGGACUUUCCGGGCACGCCUAAACUCGAUGAGUCCACCCGCUCCUUCGACGACUGCCAGCGGCUGUGCUUGCAGAACACCAGCUGCAGCGCCUUCACCUACAAGUACACCGGAGAGCGGAAGUGCACCCACCGGGGCGAGCCGCUGGUGAACCUGUUCUGGUCGCCGGCCACCGAGACGAGGACGUUCCUCCGAGUGGCCGCGGGGGAGAAAGACCGCUCGAAUUUCACGGGCUUGUUCUCGGUGCUGGAGACGGUGUGCCCGGUGCGCAUCCAGCUGCCGGACCCGCCCAAGGAGUCGAAGACGACGGCGAGGAACCUGGGGAUCAUCGGCACGGCCUUCGGGCUGGAGCUCCUCGCGGGGAUCCUGUCCUUCUGGGCCUUCCUCCGGCGGUACUCCCAGUACAGGGACAUGGCGAGGGCGCUGGGCCUGGAGUUCUUGCCCGCCGGGGGGCCGAAGCGGUUCACCUACGCGGAGCUCAAGGCGGCCACCAAGGACUUCAGCGACGAGGUGGGCAGCGGCGGAUUCGGGGUCGUCUACAAGGGGGAGCUGCCGGACCGGCGAGUGGUGGCCGUGAAGCGCCUCAAGGACGCCGCCGGCAGCGAGGCCGACUUCUGGGCGGAGGCCAACAUCAUCGCCCGCAUGCACCACCUCAACCUGGUGCGCCUCUGGGGCUUCUGCGCCGAGAAGGGCCAGCGUAUGCUCGUCUACGAGUUCAUCCCCAACGGCUCCCUCGACAAGUACAUCUUCCCGCCCUCCCCACGCCGGCAGCGAGGAGGAGGCGAAGAAGAAGAAGAAGAGUUGGAGGGGGAGGAGAAGACGAGGAAGCCGCUGCUGGACUGGAACAUUCGCUACAGGAUCGCCGUGGGGGUGGCGAGGGCCAUCGCCUACCUCCACGAGGAGUGCCUCGAGUGGGUGCUGCACAGGGACAUCAAGCCGGAGAACAUCCUCCUGGACGGGGACUUCUGUCCCAAGGUCUCCGACUUCGGCAUGGCGAAGCUCACCAAGGAGGACCGCUUCAGCUGCUCGGGGGUGAAGGGCACGCAGGGAUACAUGGCGCCGGAGUGGGUGAUGCCCAGGGAGCCCAUCACCGCCAAGGCCGACGUCUACAGCUUCGGCAUGGUGCUGCUGGAGAUGGUCACCGGCGCCAGGAACAACAAGUUCCAGAUGUCGGCUCUCCAGAGCGAGGAGUGGUACUUCCCCGUCUUUGCCUACGAGAAGGUCUACGUCGAGCGGAGGGUGGAGGAUAUCAUCGACCCCCGCAUCCUCGAUAGCUACGACAGCCGCGCCCACCUCGCCAUGGUCGACCGCAUGCUCAAGACCGCCAUCUGGUGCCUACAGGAGCGCCCGGAGAUGCGGCCCUCCAUGGGCAAGGUCGCCAAGAUGCUCGAGGGUUCUGUGGAGAUCACCGAGCCGGGCAAGCCCACCAUCUUCUACCUCCGAGACACUUAG